AUGGAAGGCAACAUGGAGAACCAACAUGAAGAAGAGGCUCAUAACCGUGGGGGAGGAGGUAGAGCGAAUCAUGCUGGGGAAGAUAGAAGAGUGUUAAGCUCUUACAUCAACCCAAACCCAGGCAAUUGCGGAAGUAGCAUCCAAAAACCCACAAUCCAAGCCAACAACUUUGAACUGAAACCACAACUCAUCACCCUUGUCCAGAACAACUCUGAGAAUGACUACUUCUAUGCAUCCGAAAGAGGGAACACUAGAGGAGUGAUAGAGCUCAACAAUGUAGAUGCUCUGCUGGCUCAGAACAAGCUCAUUGCCAAGCAGUUAGCUGACCUCACCAAGAAGAUGGAGAGGAAUCAAGUGGCAGCCAUCACCACUUCAUCAACAGCCCAAGAAGGAGUUGCUGAAGGGGGAGAGGGAGAUCUUGAGCAAGCCAACUACAUUGGGAAUUCACCUAGACAAAGCCAUGAUCCAUACUCCAAAACAUACAACCCUGGAUGGAGAAAUCACCCAAACUUUGGGUGGGGAAAUCAGCAAGAUCAAAGUCAAGAACAGAGGCGUUACAACCCCAACAACAAUGCAGCUCACCAACAAUUAUCCCAAAGGGCAUAUCAACAUCAAAACAGCACCUCUGCCCUCGAUCACUCAUCAAUUGACGAAAGAUUCUCUAAGCUUGAAACCUUGAUUGAAAGAAUAUGCCAAGACGUCCAAGACAACAAGCUUUCUAACCGCAACAUUGGCAAUAACAACAGUUCGAGCAAGGAAGAGGAAUGUCAAGCCAUAACAUUAAGAAGUGGGAAGAAACUUAAGGAGAUUUCCGAAAAACUACAAGAAGAAAGCUCAAAUGAAGAGGAAGAAAAGCAAAGCGGAGUACAAGCUCCAAUUUCAAGUCUACAAAAGGAAAAGAGGAUGUCAAAACUCAACUUCUCAGGAGCUCCAUAUCCUCAGCAGUUGAAGAAAAAGGAAGAUGACAACCAAUUCCUAAGAUUCUUGGAAAUCUUCAAGAAACUACAAAUCAACAUCCCCUUUGCUGAAGCAAUAGAACAAAUGCCACAUUAUGCCAAGUUCUUGAAGGAACUGAUGACUAAGAAAAGAAGUUGGAAGAAUAAUGAGACUGUGAUAUUAACCGAAGAAUGUAGUGCUAUCAUUCAGCACAAACUACCUCAGAAAAUGAAGGAUCCUGGCAGCUUUUAG